UUUGUCAUAUAUAUAUAUAUUGUAUAAUUCUAUCGUACUGUUGUUGCGCGUUUGCUGAUCGGACUGAGCGGGAACAAUCUUGUACAAAGUGCCUGUCGGAGAGUGUGUUGUGAAAUUUAUAACAACAUCGGUGAAGCUGGUGUCGAAUUUCCGAAGGACGAACUUCGGGUUUUAACCGACCGCAACUAACGUCAGACACACCGACUUUAGCCAAGAUGUCGGUCAUCAUGCAGUACGUCGAUCAGUUUCACGAAAUACUGGACAAGCAUGCCGAUUCGAGGACGACGAAUUGGUUCCUGAUGAGUUCCCCAUUCCCAACGCUAUUCAUAUGUCUAGGCUAUGUCUACCUGGUCAAGGUUCUGGGACCAAAAUUUAUGGAAAAUCGUAAACCAUAUCAACUAAAAGAAGUACUUAUAGUCUACAAUUUAAUCCAAGUACUAUUCUCAACGUGGCUGUUUUACGAGUGCCUGAUGGGCGGAUGGUGGGGACAGUAUAGCUUCCGUUGUCAGCCAGUCGACUAUACGGAAAGUUCAACUGCCAUAAGGAUAGGCGAUUCCGGAUGGUUCACAGGGGACUAUUCGCUAAGGUGUCAGCCUGUAGACUACAGUGAUCGGCCCCAAGUAAUGAGGAUGGUCUACGCCAGCUGGUGGUACUAUUUCUCCAAAUUUACGGAAUUCAUGGAUACGAUCUUCUUCGUUCUCAGGAAAAAGACCGACCACGUAUCAACUCUCCACGUUAUCCACCACGGAUGCAUGCCAAUGUCCGUAUGGUUUGGCGUUAAAUUCACUCCAGGUGGCCACUCGACAUUCUUUGGCCUGCUGAACACGUUCGUCCACAUAGUGAUGUACACGUACUACCUGUUGGCCGCCCUGGGACCGCGAGUGCAGCCUUACCUCUGGUGGAAGAAGUACCUGACCGCGUUCCAGAUGCUGCAGUUCGUUGCCAUAAUGAUCCACGCGUUCCAGCUCCUCUUUAUCGACUGCAACUACCCUCGGGCCUUCGUAUGGUGGAUCGGAAUGCACGCAGUGAUGUUCUUCUUCCUGUUCAACGAAUUCUACCAGCAGCAAUACGCCCAGAAGAAGAUACGGGCCGACAAGAAGCUGGCCGAGGCGGCGGCGGCGGCGUCUGCAAAGGCGAAAUUGCAAAACGGCAACGCGAAUCUCCAGGCGAACGGCAAGAACGAAUCGACGACGUUAACGUCGAACGGCAAUGCGACGGCUGUCCGCAGAAGGGACGCGUCCGAUUACUACGUCACGGGCGAAAGUUUGACCGCCUCCGAAUUAGGACUAAGGAAAUCGUAUAACGCCGUCGCCGAGUGACACCUUCGCCGACGCCGACGACAUGUAUUUAUUCUUAUUAUUAUUAUUAUUAAUGAUUAUUGUUAUUGUUAUUGUUAGAAAAAGCUGCUAUCUGUACAUAACGGUAAUUGUAAUAAUAAUUAAUGUAGAAAUAGCGCUCAAUAUGGAA